CUGCAUCACGAUUUCAUACUCGGAUUAAGUAUUAGUCGUAAUAGUGGCUCGCGUAGCGAGAAAUAUGUGUGUGUGCGUGCGUGUAUCUGAUAUAUCGGCUCUGCGUGCCCGUUGUUAUGCUAUUUUUAGCUCUCAUCGAAAUUUUUACAUUUUUUUAAUUCGCGGACAACAUUUGUUUUGCCAUACUUUAUGAAAAGAAUGUAUUGACGAAGUAAUUGCAUCCUUGAUUUGCUAUUGGUCAAUAUGGGUGGAUGCAUCAGCGGAUGGUUUUCCACCUGUCCAGGUUUUUGCAAUGCAAUACCAGUUAAAAAGCAAUCAAGUGACUUGGGAAGUGAACAAAAAAAUACCCUUACACGGUUAAAAAAGGCAGUUGAAUCAGGAGACCGAGACAGGGUGACUUAUCUUCUUAAGCGAAAACCUCAGCUAAAUUGUAGCGAUGGCGGCAGGAUACUUUGGGAUGCAGUGUUGAAAGAUGAUGGGAAAAUUGCGUCGAUGUUGGUCGCUUCGGGCGCAGAUCUCACUGUAAAGGGACCGACAGCCGCCGGCUGUUCGAGUUUCCUUCACGAGCUCGUGAAAAGUAAACAUGCACGGCAUCAUCGACUGGCCGUGGAAAUGAUCGAACGUGGUGCUGAUGUGAAUGCUCGUGACGGCCACGGAGUAACAGUUCUUCAGCAAGCCAUUGAGGCAGGAUGUCCGGUUAGCUUGAUCAAGGAACUUCUGAGAAAAGGAGUACAAUUAACGGGUACUUCCAUCAUGAGAGCCUCUCAGUAUUUUGCACCAAAAGAGUUAGUGAAUUUGCUCGUCUGUGUAUUCCUCCACGAGGGAUCGAGGACCGAGCGGGUCGAAGAGUUACUACUACGCUGUGGCGGUGUAGAUUAUGCUGAGAGUAACGUACUACCACUUGUCGAGAUACUUUUAAAAUUUAACUUACCAGCCGCACAAAUAGAUCGAAAAGGCCGUACGCUCAUACGUGCUAUACGCAUGGAAAAAUUUGAAAUGGUGAAAUUACUUAUAAAAUACGGCUUUGACGUGAACGCACGUGUACCACCUAUACAAGGAUCUUACGAAAUGUCGACAUUUAACUAUAUGAUUAACACCCAAUUGGCAUUUGAGUUACCAUUAUCUGCAGCAUCACAAUUACUUAGAACAGAUAUUGCCGAAUAUCUGAUCCGCGCUGGUGCGAAAGUCAAUUUUCCAACAUCGCUUUCGAUAUAUGACGGGGGUUAUGCUAUUCAUGGCGCAUGUGAAAAGGGACUUGUAGAAAAUAUUCGGCUAUUAUUGCGCUACGGAGCUGACGUCAAUCUCGUCGAUAGUCGGAGACGAACUGCGUUUUCUAUAAUCAGCUUCAUUGAAGAUCUCACCGAAACGCACCAGUUGUUCAUAAAGCAUUUCGCGCUUUUAACGCUAAAAGGAACGACAGUUAAUAAAAGAGAUUUGCAGCUUGUGAUGAGUUCCUCUAAAAUGCAUGAAUACUAUAAUCAGUGCUUGAACGAAUUGGAAAAGAUGGAAAAGGCAAACAUUAUUCGUGGCAUUUCCUUUUUUUCUAUUUUUUCAAUGAGCGAGGAUGAACUGUCCUUCAUGAUUAGAAGUACCAUAUUUAUGAACAACUAUAUAAAUAGGCUAACAAAAUUAGAAUUCCUAAAUUAUUACGACGACAUGGUCUUUUUAUUGGAGAAUGCUGAAAAGCGUAGAUGUCAAUUGAGCGACAUAGAGGAACUUCUCUACGAAGUAUUGCUACCUUGUUUGCCAAAUCUUGCAUUAGAAAGAGUUAUCUAUUUUUUUUAUAUGCAUUGUUCAAAGAACAAAGUUACAUAAUGUAUACAUCAUACAAAUGUGUAUUCACGUAAAUCGAAUGGUCACAGGUGACGCUUGUCGUUGGACCAGUUAUCUAUUUCUUCUACAUGAAUGAAAGUGAAUAAAUUAAUCUGGUCGAAUUUUUCUGCAAAUUUACAAAAUAACAUGCAAUUAUUUUGAUGUAUUGGAUGUGAUUUCGAUGGCACAUCAAUUAUCGUUUGAACAAUUGCUAAUUUUUAUCCCAUAACUUGCUGGCUGUGGGGUAAAAAUUUGAUCAUUAAAGUAAUAAAAUACCUGAACCCGGUAGUUAUAAUUGUAGAAUUAUCGUUUUAUUAGUUGAAACGAAAAAGUCCUUUUCAUUGUAUAAUACUAUAUUUUUAUUGUUUAUAAUUAGAAGUGAUAAAUAAAAUUUUGUUCAAAAAAAUUGCAACAAUAAUGUAUUCGAUCAUUUUUCUAUAAAAAUAAAGUAGAAUGUAAAUAAUGAUCGUGUGUACUAAUUUCCGUUGAAUGAUUAUUAUAUAAUAUUAGCAUCUUAACGAGAUCAUAAAUAUCGAGCGCGCCGUGCGCAUUGAGAACUAUGUACCCGCGUCAUUAUGUUAUAUCACGCAAUCGCAUAUGUAUAUGAGCAAAUCCCUAAAACUUUAAAAAUUUAAGUUACUCCAUGAUAUUCGGGCUAUACUAAGAGGAAUUCGAAAUUUGAAAAAAGGUUUUUUGUUCAAAAAAUGAUGACUAACAACCUCGAUUAAUUUAUUUUAGGCCAUCAAUUAUAGAUAUAAAGCUAUAAAUCGAAAUUGUAUCGUUUGUGCAACAAUUUAAUGUGUUACUCGC